GGGCCUCUCAGGAGGGUUUCCACUUGGAGCAGCGGUGGACUAGAGAGGGCUCAGAACAAUGCAGAGCAUUGCCAAAAACCCCAAGAUGAGUACAGCCGGCAAGAUGACCUUCCUUUCACGCAGUGAAACCUUUGCAGCAGCCCAUAGACUGAGGAGCAAAUCUCUGACUGAUGAGGAGAACCAGAAACGUUUUGGGAAAUGCAGCCAUAGUCAUGGGCACAACUAUAAAGUGAUUGUGACCAUAUGUGGAAAGAUUGAUCCCAUCAGUGGCAUGUUCAUGAAUAUUUACAAGCUUCAGGAAUACAUGCAGGAAGCAAUCAUGGUGCCCCUCGACCACAAAAACCUGGACGAAGAUGUCGAUUUCUUUGCCAAUGUUUUGAGCACAACUGAGAACCUAGCUGUGUACAUCUGGAACAACCUUGAAAAAAUUCUUCCCCUCGGAUGCCUCUACAAAGUCAAGGUCUAUGAAUCCGACAGAAACUUUAUUGUAUACAAAGGAAACUAAAUACCAUUUUGUUAAAAAAGACGAAGACAAGGGGGAGCUAUGGCCUGGAGAAUUAUUUUCCUACAAGUGCUAUGUUAAAGGUUCUUUUUUUUAAUGUCAGUGACAAUCCCUCAUUAAAGAUGUUUGC